AUGACGACGCUCAAUGUCAAGACGGGGCCUAUGCUCCGCUAUGACAAUGUCGACCUCGGCCAGGGCGUCUGGCAUGGUUACGCCAUGAUCGUCACCGAGGAUGCUACUAGUGACUAUCAGAUCACCCCCACCCUCCAGUAUCGUUGGGAAAAUGCCGCCAACGCCUCUGCUGCAGCCGACGGCACUGCCGCUAUCACUGAUGAGAACUCGCACAAGCAGGCCGAGGCCAUCAAGCUUUACCAGUACAAAGGUGUCGACGGCCCUUCCACCUUUUGGCGCUUCAAGAUCGAGGUCCCCGUGGCCGACCACGAGCAGGCGGUCCACUACUCAAUUGAUGGCGAGGCGCAUCCCGACUCCACCUCCGAAGCCAUCAAAGGCAUGACUGGUCACACCUUCUUUAUUCCCGCCAAGUCCCAGAACUUCCGAUGGGCCGGCCACAGUUGCAACGGUUUCAGCGCUGGCGUCGACGAGUCCGAGUUCAACGGUCCCAACCCGCUCUGGGAUGACAUGCUCAAGUUCCACGCCAAGAAGCCCUACCAUGCCGUCGUCGGCGGUGGUGACCAGAUCUACUGCGACAAGCUGGUUCGCGAGCCCGAGAUGCAGGAGUGGAGCAACCAGAAGGAUUCCAAGAAGCGCAUGGCCAUGCCCCUCACCGACGAGAUCCGCACCUGCAUCGACCGCUACAUGUUCAACCACUACUGCGAGUGGUUCGGCGGCGGGUCUUUCGCAAAGACCAUCGCUCAAAUCCCGAUGAUCAACAUGCUCGACGACCACGACCUCAUUGACGGCUUCGGCACCUACACCGACGAGCUCAUGCGCGCCGCCGUCUUCAACCACGUCGGCAACCGUGGCUACUUCUUCUUCCUCCUCUUCCAGCUCUUCAUCAACGACGACGUCGACGGUGUUAGCGAGCAGCAGCAUCCUGAUCGCAGCAUCAUCUUUGGCGGCGAGGGCGUCUACAUUCCCGUCCGCAACCACAGUCUCCUCGCCUACCUGGGUCCCAAGCAGUGGAUGCUGCUGGUCGACUGCCGAUCCGAACGCAAGCUCGAUCAGAUCUGCAGCAAGAACACCUACCAGCGUCUCUUUGACGCCGUCCGUCAGUUGCCGGACGGUGUCGAGCACCUCAUCGUCCUGCUCGGUGUACCGCUCGCCUACCCACGCAUGGUCUUCCUCGAGCGCACGCUGUCCAGCUCGCUGAACCCGCUCAUCAUGCUCGCCAAGGGUCUCUCGCCCGGCUUCACCAACAACUUCAACGGCGAAGUGGAGCUCCUCGACGACUUGGGCGACCACUGGUGUGCGGGCCCGCACAAGCAUGAGCGCAAUUGGCUCGUCGAACGUGUCCAGGAGCUGUCGCUCGAAAAACGUCUCCGCGUCUCGUACAUCAGCGGUGAUGUGCACGCCGGUGGUGUCGGUGUCUUCUACGGCUACCACCAGCACGACCCUAGCUUGGACCCCAAGUACUCGCUCGCCGUCAUCACGAGUGCCAUUGUCAACACGCCUCCCCCUCCGGCGGUCAUUGCGAUGCUCAACAAGCUCGCGAGCAAGAAGCACCGCAGCCUGUUCUACACGGGCACCAAGGAAAGCAUGGUCCCGCUCUUCGAAGUGGAUCUGGAGGAGAAGAAGCAGAAGGACAAGUACAUUAUCGGUGCGCGCAACUGGUGUUCUGUCGAGUACCAGGAAGGGGGUGAGCUGGAGUUUGAUCUGCGGGUGGAGAAGGUGAGGGGUGGAGGAGAGACCAAGGGGUAUGCGGUCAAGGCUCCUGCGCCUAAAUGGGAUGUCGCCAAGCACCACCACCACCUGCUCCACUCCAAGGACUUUGAUAAGAACAUCGGGACGCUCCGGGGUCAGAGUGGCAAGGUGUAA